GCCCCCUUUUCACUACAAUUGCGGUAAUUGUGAUGCAACCAAAGCCGGUGUUGAGCUACCUAUCUUAGCCGAAAAUCGAGCCGCCGUCCGCCGCGGAGCUCGACGAAAUCAACCGAAGAUGUCACACUGUUAUCGCGUAGCCAUAGAUAGCGUCAUAAAAACGAAAUUCGAAAAUAGCUUUAGUUUUGCCCACGAGGAGACUACUUUCGCUUGGUAGGUAGCGACAUGCUAGCGAGCUAAUGUAGCUCGCUCGUAAAGUACAGUCUAGCAAGGUUUCGUAACAAGUUGGUGCUAACAUGGCAGACUCGCCACCGCUCUCGGGGGUUAAUGUGGUUCUGGUGAUGGCGUAUGGCAGCUUGGUGUUCGUGCUGCUCUUCAUCUUCGUCAAAAGGCAAAUUAUGCGUUUUGCUAUGAGAUCCCGCCGCGGCCCACACGCGCCGAUUGGUCACAAUGCUCCAAAGGGUCUGCGAGAGCAGAUCGACUCCCGGUUGUCGAAAGUUCACGAGAUCCGGUUCGAACCUCGUCUCCUCUCCGAAAACGAUGCCAGGCUCAGGCGCGGAUCACAGCUCAGUUGCUAUAACUACAUAUACAGGAUGAAAGCCCUGGAUGCCAUUAAGGACUCUGGCAUCCCUCCGGAGGAGAUGCGCAGCAGCCCCUGCGCCUUGACAGGCCGCAGGUUCCGGAGUUGGCUCCUGGAGCUGCGCAACUCGCACUCGCUGAUCAAGAGCAGUCGCGGCACGCUCAUCGACCGUCUGCUGGAGGGCUACGAUAGCGCCCGCCACGGCACCGGGGUGUUCGGAGAAGCGGAAUUUCUGGAAUACCAGCGGGCGCUGAGCGAAUUGGCAGAUGUCGUGAAGGCGUAUUGGAGCAGCAGCACGUCGGAGCAGCGGCAUCAAUGUGCGGCCAAGGACCUGACGGCUUCUCCGGCCUGCAACGCUGCGUCCACCAUCCAGGUGACCUACCUGCCUUCCACUGGCCCGCGCAGCAAAAGGCCCAAACACUUCCUGGAGCUCAAGAGUUUCAAAGACAACUACAAUACGCUGGAGAGCACUUUGUGACUGAACGGUCUGUGUUUUUAUCUAUAUACUGUGAGUACAUAGUAAUUAGAGCGGGGUUUUUUUUGUGGUAACAUUUUUGUAAAUCUAAUUUAUUGAUGCGUCACCUCAGAUGACAAUGUUGACUCGUACGAAUGAAAUCUAAUUUCGGUUUCAAGUGAGUCAUCAAUGUUUUCUUUCAGUCCACUAGAUGGCACUGCUGGAUUGCCUCAAGGCUUUGCCAUUCGCCUUUCAAUAAAGACACAAAAUGAGUCAUUUCA